AUGAUGUUCAAAAUUGUACUUUUAACGAAUGUUGGUGGUUGUGCUGGUGACCGUGGAGGUGGUAUUGUUGGGAACUCCGGUGUUCCAAACCGCAAGGCUCGAAGAGCCAUGGCUCACCAAGCCAGAACUUCCGCUGUAGGAAUACUUUCUGCUCUCGUUGCCGCCGCAGGCCUGGCGAGAGCCAAGGCCGACAAAAUCGCCGCAGAUCUGGCCCUCUCUCGUAGCCACUCACUCGUCAUCGCCGCUAUCGCCACAGAAGAACAUGCCGUCACCGCCGCUGCAGCUGUCGCAGCUUUUCGUGCAUAUCAAAUCGCCGCAAAAGAAUUUGAAGCUGUCGCCAAAGACAUCGCAACUCCAGCCCCACCCCUCCCACCAACCCCCGCCGCAACCAUCAAAGAAGAGCCGUUUGAUUUCAUUGGUAUUCGUGAUGAUCUGGGGGAGAUUACACUCCUUGAUGCGACCGCGUUGGUACUGACCAUGGUGGUCGUGGAGGCGAUCUUGGUGAAACUGCCGGUGUUCCAAAUCGCAAGGCUUACGAUACCAGAGCCAGAACCUCCGCCGAAGGGAUGCUUUAUGCUUUCACUGCCACCGCUAGUUAAGGCUGAGAAACUCGCCGCAGAUCUGGCUGCUGCUCAGCUUAAAGGAGGUCUUCUCGCGAUCGGAAGUCUCCACCCACUCUCCAUUGUCGCAGACCUGGCUCUUGUUCGCGGCAAAGAGGAUUUACUCGCAAUCGGUAAUCCCAGCGCCUUGCGCAUUGCCGCAGAUCUGUCUGUCUGCGGCUCAGCAGAAAGCGGCCAAGGCGGCCACCGAAGUUGUCGUUUCUCUCUUCAGUCAGCGCAAGCCGCCGCAGAACAGGCCGAGGCUGCUAUCAAAGCCGUCGCAGCAACCCCUGACGCUACUAUUGCCACCGCUGCAACGAUCAAGGCGGAGCUGCUCGAUUUCAGGGGUUUUGGUGACAGCAUACCUGUCAUUAAUCUCACCAAAUAG